UGACAGGAGUGUGUUUAUUCCCCUUGUGGUGAUCCGUUGUCAGCUGUGUUUUCCGUACUGGCUUAGAAGGGGGAGGCGGUUCUUCCGCGUCUCCAGCCUCAGACGGGGAAGCUCGCAACUUUCCGCCGCUCAGCCGCCCAUUUCUCCUCCCUCUUCAGCCAUGAUUAAGGCGAUCCUCAUCUUCAACAACCAUGGAAAGCCGCGCCUCUCCAAGUUCUACCAGCGCUAUAGUGAAGAUACACAGCAACAAAUUAUCAGAGAAACAUUUCAUUUAGUGUCAAAACGUGAUGAAAAUGUCUGUAAUUUCCUAGAAGGAGGCUUAUUAAUAGGUGGAUCGGACAAUAAACUGAUUUACCGACAUUAUGCUACAUUGUACUUUGUCUUCUGUGUUGAUUCUUCAGAAAGUGAGUUGGGCAUUUUAGAUCUAAUACAAGUAUUUGUAGAGACGCUAGACAAGUGUUUUGAGAAUGUUUGUGAACUGGAUUUAAUUUUCCACGUAGAUAAGGUCCAUAAUAUCCUGGCUGAAAUGGUGAUGGGUGGGAUGGUUUUAGAGACCAACAUGAAUGAAAUUGUCACACAGAUUGAUGCCCAAAAUAAAUUGGAAAAAUCAGAGGCUGGUUUAGCAGGAGCCCCAGCCCGGGCUGUGUCAGCUGUAAAGAAUAUGAAUCUUCCAGAGAUCCCAAGAAAUAUUAAUAUUGGUGACAUCAGUAUAAAAGUGCCAAAUCUUCCCUCUUUUAAAUAAGUUGUACACUCCAGGUAAAAAUGAUGGUUAACUAGAAGUUAAUUACACAAAUGUUUACCAGUCCAUUUUUUUUGUGUUUUGAAUAAGCAGCUUGAGUUGCUCCAUAUAAAUCCUUCAUAAAUUAUGUGAAGUUGAUUGUGUUCUGCUUAGUAAAUUUAAUGGGAUUGGAUCCUUUAUGCCUUUCAAGUAACAUUCCUGUGCUCUUUUAAGGAGGCAUGCAGUAUUUUGGAAGACUGAUUGGAAAUAGUUCUUUACACUGAAAAUCUGUUUUCUAAAGCCCCGAAGUGCUUUGUAAUUAUUGUAGUAGUACAGAUCACAUUCCUUCUAGUUAUGUUUAUUUAAAAAACAUAUAUAUGUUGCAUGGAAUCAUUGCACUGUAAUUUCUUUCCCUCUUUAAAUAAAGUUGUACUGAACUGGAC